GGGCUGUAAGACCUCCCCGCAGCCUCAUCUGGUUUCUCAGAGGCUUCAGACCGUGUCCGGCGCUCACACCCUCCGAGGCAUGACAUGUUUCAGGAUUCUUCAUAGCGAGCGGGUCAAUGCAAAGACAUGGACUUCAGCCAAAUGAGGCAUUAAAAACAGCUCAACCUAUUGGACUGGACAAACAAACAUUUGAGCUGAGCUUGGAGCGCUGAAAGAAGCGGAGUGGAAUUGUUCCAUGAUGGCAGUCCCGAAUGACAGCUUCAGUUUGAACUCCACCUUCUCGCCUUAUACGAGCAAAAACAGUGAGAACGUGUCUGGUUGCGCAGACUGGCCACGGGUGCCUAUGACCACCAUCAUCCCCACUAUCUACAGCAUUAUCUGCGUUCUGGGCAUCAUUGGCAACACCCUUGCUGUGUGUGUGUUGGCCCACACCAGCGCCUCAAGGAGAACUGUAGCCAACACGUUCAUGCUGAACCUUUGCAUAUCGGACCUUUUGUUCCUGCUGUCUCUCCCGCUGUGGGCUGUCUACUACUCGCAAGGCUACAGCUGGCCCUUCGGACGAGUGAUUUGCAAGAUCUCCGGGAGUCUCCAUAAUCUCAACCUGUACGCCUCCAUAUUCUUCAUCACUUGCAUGAGCAUGGACCGCUACCUUGCUCUGGUGCACCCACUGCGCUCUCAGAGUGUUCGAGACCUGAAACGCGCCAAGCUCAUGUGCGUCCUGGUGUGGGUUAUGGCAUUUGCUUGCACGGCGCCAACCAUAGCGCUGAGGGACACUCAUUAUAUCGAGGCGUUUGACGUGGAAGCUUGUGUGAUGAUCUAUCCGGAUCCCAUCUGGUAUCGGAGUCUGGCCUGGAUGAAAGUACUCCUGGGCUUUUUGCUGCCGAUGCUCAUCAUUACUUGUUGCUACUGUGCCAUUGGCAGACAUUUCUUGGCUGGUUCUGGCCUCAUAGGCCUGCAGAAACCGUCACGCUCUGCCAGCGCAUUUAAAUGCUCAGGGUCACAGGAUAACUGCGGUAAACCGGAGAGACCCCCGACCCCCUGUGUGAACCCUGGCUCCGGAGGAGGCAGACCCAUGGAGGGGAGGGGGCUGGAAAGGGUCCUGUGGACCGUGGCUGCUGUUGUUUUGGCCUUCUUCCUUUGCUGGUUCCCCUUCCACUGUGUGACUUUUAUAGACAUACUGAAGAGUGAUGACUGGCUGGACGGUUGCUGGGCCCAGUGGGCCAUCCAGAAUCUCACUCCCCUAACCCUCUGCUUGGGCUUCUCCAACUCUGCCAUCAACCCCGUGCUGUACUGCUUCAUCGGGAACCAUUUCCGGGGCCGACUGGGCACUCUUAGUAAGGGUCUGUGUGUGCAUUUGAAGGCACGUGAAGAGGAUCACAGUCAGAAGAGGGGCUCCUUCAGCACUCGGCUCAGUUCUUUCUCCCGAAAACUCAGCGACUUGAAAGAUCUGGCGGUUGUUGACGCCAAAUAGGUGACUGAAGAAAGAACACUGGGCAGAACAGUGAGGAACAAAUGAAUGUAACCCGGAGGUUUCAUGAUAUGACUUCUUUCCGUGUCUUUGGACAAAAAGAAAAAUGAAUCCCUGGCGAAAAAAAUACUUCAGUUCAGUUGUUGUGCCUUUAGGUGUCCUCCGUCAUUGCACUGAAAGGGUUAGGUAAAUCGACAUAACUUUGAUGACGACUGUAUCUUCUUCUAUACAUGUUGUUCAACAAAUCAAUUGCACCACCUGUGCGAUUUGUGCAUUUCAUGAAAUCAAAAUCACCACUACCGUGGGGUAUCACUCCUCCCUCACCAUCAAGACUUUUCUAGGUUCUAAUGUCCACUCUGAAUCUUAUCCCUGUGCUUGUGGUCCUACACCCUCCCCUCACCCCCCAACCCGGAUUCCGACUUCCUAUUACAGAUUAUGGAUUUUUGCACGAAUGAAAAACAAAAGAGGAAAAGAGCAUCAAAUAUUCUGCCUUGACAAAGAUAUAAAUGCUCAGUUUUUCUUGACGCUGUCCGAGAGGUAUUCAUUUAACAAUUUAUUAGGUUGUGAAAACGCACUUCAACAUACUGAAGGCUGUGUCUCAUAUUAUGACUUAAUAUAUUUCUAUAUCCACUGUACCUAAUGCUAUCUCACAAGCUAUUAAAAGGGGAAGUUUCAAAUGUUUUGCUUUGCUUUGCUAGUGCUCAACUUUACUUUGCCAUUCAGGUCAUACCACUGGAAAAAAAAAUGUCACAGUGUUAUGUAUGCCUCUUCAUAGUGUUAUAUCUACCGUAGCUAAAUCCAAGAUACUCAAAACUUGGCCAGGGCAUUAAGCAGAAAUCAUUUGAGGUUUAACGGCAUCUACAAUUGUAAAACUUUAUUGCGACAGUACACUGAAAAAAAAUGUGAUGAAUUCACUCACUUGUAUUAUGUUAGGUGGUUACGCACAAUAAAACCAUUUGGAUCUAGAUAAACAAACAUUUUAAAUCGAUAUAUAGUCUAAUUAAAAAAAGUACCGGAAUCUAGAUGCUUUUACUUGCAAACAUUUGACAAAAUAAAUUUGAAUAUAUUCAACUCACCAUUUUUUUUCAGUGUACUGUCGCAAUAAAGUUUUACAAUUGUAGACGCCAUUAAACCUAAAAUUAUUUCUGCUUAAUGCCCUGGCCAAGUUUAGAGUAUCUUGGAUGAAGCUACGGUAGAUAUAACAUCAAGAAGUGGCAUACCACUGUGACGUGUUGUUUCUAGAUUAUGUUUGAAGUUAUCGGAUUCAUUUAGGAUGGUGCACACAACCGUAUUUCUUGCAAAUGACAUCAUAAUACCAAGCAAAACAAAAACAAAAUGAAAAGCAUUGGGAACGACCAUGAUCAAGUUUUAUAUAUCAGUAAAGGUUGAUACACUUGUUUGUAAAUCAGAUUAAUGAUAUUUAAACCGCUAAAACAUAAUUAUUAAUAAACAUUGAACACAUACACAGUACUUAUCAAUACCUUGAUUUCUGACUUUACAGCGGAGCAUAGUGAGCUCAAAUUUGGGUGAAUUCAGUUCCCCGACAUAAAUGGUGUAAUGGUAAGAGCUCGAGCUCACCCGAGGUUGAAUGUUCUUUCAUGACAGGUGGUCUAAUACAUUUGUCAAGAGCUGUAUUAUAGCAAAAUAUGGUCAUUAGGAAUACCAAUCCAUAGUAUAGAAAGUUCUAUACACUGCAUUAACAUUGUAUUAUUUCCAAAUAUAAUUAAUAGCAAUGUAUUUGCCUGAAUUAAAAAAUAAAAUGAAAAAGAUGA